AUGCUCAAUCAAUUUUGUAAUAAUAUAGGUUUGAAAUUGAUAUUUUGUUCUAAUAAUGCAUUAUUACAAGGUACUACAACAACUAUUAGAAAAAAGUAUCAAAUUCAAAUACAAGGUUUGUUAUUUUAUACGACUGACACUCGAGCAACAAACCUUACAACUGCAACUAAUACAACCAUUAACACAGCUAAAACGAAUACAACUGAACAACAAUUAAAUUACUACGAAAAUUUUCGAAAGGCUAUCAAGGCUGGUAACAUUCCAGAAAUAAUUAAAACAUACCAAGAACUAUUUGAUAGCGAGCAAAAACAAGAAUUAAAAUUUAAAGAUUAUAACAAAGCAAUCGAUUAUAUAAGUAGGUCAAAUUUAGAUGAACAUUUACCAAUUUUGUAUAAAAUG